AUGAGUGUUUCGGUGGAGAAGGGAGUGAUUGUCGGCAACACUCGGCCCACAGUUGACGGCAAACAAGGAGUGAUUGUCGGCAACACUCGGCCCACAGUUGACGGCAAACAAGUGAACGAAUUUCUGGGCAUUCCUUACGCCAAACCACCCAAAGGUGACCUCAGGUUCCGGAAACCCGUUCCCACCGACAGUUGGUCUCAACCAUUGGUGGCCGACAAGUGGCCCAACGCUUGCUCUCAACUUCAUAUAUACGCUCAAUACUAUCAAAACAAAAAUAUUAGCGAAGAUUGUCUUUACUUAAACAUAUGGGCGCCGACUGCCACUACUAUGAGGUCAGGGGUCUCCGGACGUAAAGCUAGCAAACAGAGGUCAACAACAAGUGGACGUAAGACUAGUCGUGUCAGUAAACGUCAGUCAGCGGGACUUAAGCCGGUUAUGUUUUACGCACAUGGAGGAGGGUUUUCUGUGGGCUCAUCCAAUCAAUUCAACUACAGGGGCGAAGUGUUGGCAACAAAGGGGGACGUGAUUGUUGUCACUAUUAAUUACCGAUUAAAUGCAUUUGGAUUCCUAUAUACGGGAACGGAUGACGGGCCCGGAAAUGUGGGUCUCUGGGACCACGCGCUGGCACUGGAGUGGGUGCACAAAAAUAUCAAAAGUUUUGGCGGCGACCCUGAGAAGAUCACUAUUUUCGGUACCAGCGCCGGUAGUAUGACGUCCAGUGCUUUAGUACUGUCGCCCAUAACACGCAAUCUAUUCAAAAACGCUAUAUUAAUGUCGGGGUCGGCGUUGGGUGAGGUGACGGGUAAUCCGGAUGAAAUGAAACAGUAUUGGCUUCAAGUGGCAAAAUACGUGAACUGUGUAGACGAUGAAACACCUGGCACAUUCACGCCUAAAGUCAUAAACUGUUUGAAAGCUGUAGACCAGGAAACAUUGGCUACCUAUUCAUCGGCAAUUGCAUAUGAGGCUGGAGGUGCCUUAAACCUAGUAUCUUUUCUGGUAGCUGACGGUACAUUUCUACCUAAAAAACCACAUGAAAUGCUAAUAUCCGGGGAUUUUCGCAAAGACAUGAAUCUAAUGAUAGGUAACUGUGAGGACGAGGGCAGUAAUGUGUUGAUGUUAUUCGCCACAAACUUGGGGGAAGACCCCAAGAAGUAUGACUCCCACAACCCGACGCCCAUUACAUACACAGAGGCCUACAAUACCACCAAAAACCUGUUCUCGUCGUUGGCUUUGAAGCCGAGGAUUAAUGGCGAAGAUGUGGCCAAACUAUACUUCACGGGUCUGUCCGAUAAGACAUCGCAGGAUAUACUGAGGCGUAGCAUUGAGUCUGUACAAAACGGAUCCAAAGAGUAA